AUGGCGGCGGGCAGCGGGCCGGCGGAGCGGGGCGGGCUGGAGGCCGCCGUGCGCGGCCGCCUGCGGGGCCUGAAGGAGCGCUGGGCGCGGGGGCUGAGGGAGCGGGCCGAGGCCGCCUCGCAGCCGGGCCCCGCGGGCGGGGAAGGGGAGGCUGAGGAAGCGAGCGCCCUGCAGGCGCUGCCGAUCGACGUGCAGCUGAACAUCAUGUCCUUCCUCUCGCCGCAAGACCUGUGCCACCUGGGGAGCACGAGCUGCUACUGGAGGGUGGCCGUGCAGGACCCGCUGCUCUGGAGGUACUUUCUGCUGCGGGAUCUCCCCUUCUGGACCUCCGUUGACUGGAAGUCGCUCCCAGAUGUGGAAAUUUUUAAUAAAGCCUUCUCAGAAGUCAGCGAUAACACGCUGUAUGACUACAUGGCAAUAUACAAAAAAAGCUGUCCUCAGAGUAGAAGAAGCUGGAAAUCAAGCCGUCCCCGGUAUGGGGCUGUGACUUCCUUUUUGCAGUCACUGGUCACUCAGGCAGAACCUCGCUUUGCAAUGUUUGGGCCGGGUUUGGAAGAGCUGGAUAACUCUUUAGUGCGAAAGAUGAUGACGUGCCCAGAAAUUCUGCUAGUAGCUGGCCUACCUCAAAGACGAAUUCAUGGAAUUGGAUCAGGAGUCAGUUUUCAGUUUAAUAACAAUCAAAAAUUCAAUAUUCUGACAUUGUAUUCAACCACCAGUGUGGAAAGAAAGAGAGCAAGGGAAGAGCAAGCUGCUGUUGUGAAUAAGAUGUUCUACCAAGAGAACAGUGUAGUAGGAAAUCAGCAAGCUGUGCACUACAAUGUAAUAGCUCAAGUUAAAAAGGUGUGCGAAGUAGUUGAUGGAUUCAUUUAUGUUGCUAAUGCAGAAGCUCAUAAAAAACAUGAUCGUCAGGAGGAACUGGCUCAUAUUUUGGCAAUGAUUGAUCCAGCCCUUGGACCUCCGAACAGACCUCUGCUAGUUCUGUCUUGCAUCUCUCAUGAUGAUGUGAAAAGAAUUCCUUGUGUUUAUAUGGCACAUCAGUUGCAACUAAAUCUGCUAAAUCAGCCCUGGAUGGUACAAGAUACUGUAGCUGCAACUUUAACUGGAUUGCUAAGUGGAAUUGAAUGGCUCUUAGAAGAAGCAGAUUGUAAAAAUACGCAAUAAUGGAACUUGCUUUGGUUUACUAUAUAGAGACUUUGGUCUCUAUAUAUCAAUAGAUGGUCUCUAUAUAUCAAUAGAUGAAUUGAGAAUCUUGUCCUGACACAGAAGCAUCAGAAAGGAGAUUUAAAAGACAAACCUGCAUAUAUUUCAUUGCACAUAAAUAAUUAACAGAUGUUUGCUUUUUUUCUUUUAAAACGAGGCCUUUAAGGUGCAAUCUCUUCUCAGUAUAUCUGAUAAUCUCAUUUCAUCUGUAAAUAUACCAGACUAGGUUAUCAAUGCAGCUAUAUGGCACGCAUCACACAUUCAGUACAUACAUUCAGUGGACAUCUUGACAAUGACAGUUCCUAACCAAAGAAAAUACACUGUACAUUGUAUUGUGUUCUUAUCUCAUCAUCUUUUGUAAUAGAUUGACAGAAAGACAGUGUCUCUUUCAGAAGUGUAGAUUUUUUUUCCUUUUUUUUUUCUUCAGAGACCAUGCCUUGACAAGAAAUAGUGCUUGAGGCAUAAUUGUCAGCCCAGACCAAAACUCGCACAAGCAAACAAGCAAAAUACCUUGCAUGAAUCAGUUAUUUCUUGGUUGUGAUCUUGUUUAUCAAUUGACUACAGAAACCUUCAACAUCUGCUUUCUGCUGCAGUGAAAUUAUUAAUUUGAACUGACGUACCUGUUGCCAUGAGUGAAUGUAAAAUACAGUUACUAGUAUUUCAGAAGAUUUAUCAAAUACAUAGAUCUCCAGGACCUAUUGGUUACUCAGAUAAUUGUGGCCAUUUGCAGAUGUGAUGUAUUGGGCUUGAAAUUUUCUACAGAGCUGUAAAUAUUUUUAUAAAAAGGAGACAACAUUUUAGAUCCAAAAUGUUAUUUCUCAUAUUGGUGUCUUUUGGCAUAGUUCUGCUCCUAGUCUUCCACCUUUUAAAAAUGUUUUAAUAAUUGGAUGAAUGUUCAGAAACUUCCCUUGGCUUUUUUUUGCCUAUGCAUGUAUUUGUUUUGUUUGGGGAUUUUUUCUUUGCUACAUGAAAAUGCAGUAGUCUCAAAAACAAUUUUUUUGUUAUUACCUAGAUAAAUGGUGCACAUGGUGCACAUUCGGCUUGCAACUGCCUUCAUUCUGGUAUACAUGUUUGAUGUUUAACACAGCUACUUGAAACAUUCCAUCUGAGAAGUUUUUUGUUUUUUUUUUUUAAAUGAACUAAUACAGAGAUAGGAAUUGUAAUCUUAUUUUGUUCAUCUUUAUACAGGAUUAACAGUUUUCUAGGCUUUUUGUCUGACUUUGUAUCAGGAGAUGUUUUAAGGGAGGACCCAUGGUGAGCAAUACUAUGCUAAUUCUGUGUAUUAUCCUGAAUUUAAUAGAAUAUGUGUACUCUGUGCUUUAGUGUGCAAAACAUGAAUAAUUGGAGAAAAAAUAGACACUUUGUGACUGGGUGAUUGUGACCUUCCUGUUAGUUAUAAUAAUUCUGUUGUGAUCUAUCUAUGUUAUGGAGAACUGAAUGCAGCAACUUCUGCUAGCUACUACGAAAGUUUGUUUAUGUAGGAUCUUCUGCUUUCUUCAUAUGGAAUAAAUUAUUUUUAAAAAAGUA